CUCUUUGUGUGUGUUGCUCGGCUGCUAGAACUGGCCUCGUCCAGCUUCUCCCAGCCUGUCUCGCGCACCCACCUAGCUUCGCUGCGAGGCAACACCAGCCGAAAGUGUGUGGGCCUGAGGGAUAGAAACAACCUCUGGACCCCGCGCCUUCCUUCCGGGGAGGUGGCUCGGCCUUUGAAGAGCGCCCGCGUCUGAGACCUCACUGGACUCGACUGGCGGAGGGGAGCCAGUAUGUCAGAGUGGGAGUCUUACUACAAAACUGAGGGCGAUGAAGAAGAAGAAGAACAAGAGGAAAACCUUGAUGCAAGUGGAGAAUAUAAAUGUUCAGGAAGAGAUAGUUUGAUUUUUUUGGUUGAUGCUUCCUCGGCCAUGUUUGAAUAUCAAGAUGAAGAGGAAUUAUCUCCUUUUGACAUGAGCAUCCAGUGUAUCCAGAGUGUGUACACUAAUAAGCUCAUAAGCAGUGAUCGAGAUCUCUUGGCAGUGGUGUUCUAUGGUACUGAGAAAGACAAAAAUUCAGUGAAUUUCAAAAAUAUUUACGUCUUACAAGAGUUGGAUAGUCCAGGUGCUAAACGAGUGCUAGAACUCGACCAGUUUAAGGGGCAACAGGGCAAGAAACGAUUCCAAGACCAGAUGGGCCAUGGAUCUGACUACUCAUUCAGUGAAGUGCUAUGGGUCUGUGCCAACCUCUUUAGUGAUGUCCAGGUCAAAAUGAGUCAUAAGAGAAUCAUGCUGUUCACCAACGAAGAUGACCCCCACCGCAAUGACAGCGCCAAGGCCAGCCGGGCCAGGACCAAAGCCAGUGAUCUUCGUGACACGGGUAUCUUCCUUGAGUUGAUGCAUCUGAAGAAACCUGGGGGCUUUGACAUAUCCUUGUUCUACAGAGAUAUUAUUAGUGUAGCAGAGGAUGAGGACCUCGGGGUUCACUUAGAGGUGUCGAGCAAACUAGAAGACCUAAUGAGGAAGGUUCGUGCCAAGGAAACCAAGAAGAGACCACUCUACAGGUUAAAGUUUAAGCUCAGCAAAGAUAUAGCACUCACUGUGGGCAUUUAUAAUUUGCUCCAGAAGGCUUUCAAGUCUUCUGCAAUAAGGCUGUAUCGGGAAACAAAUGAACCAGUGAAAGUCAAGACCCGGAUAUUUAGUAUAAAUACAGGCAGUUUGCUCCUGCCUAGCGACACCAAGAGGUCUCAGAUCUAUGGGAACCGUCAGAUUCUAUUGGAGAAAGAGGAAACAGAAGAGCUGAAACGGUUCGAUGAGCCAGGUUUGAUUCUCAUCGGUUUCAAGCCCUUAGUAAUGUUGAAAAAGCACCAUUACCUGCGGCCUUCCAUGUUCGUGUAUCCCGAGGAGACACUGGUAAAUGGGAGCUCAACCUUGUUCAGUGCUCUCCUCAGCAAGUGUCUGGAGAAGGAGGUCGUAGCAGUGUGCAGGUACACACCCCGCAAGAACACCCCACCGUAUUUCGUGGCUCUGGUGCCACAGGAAGAGGAGCUGGAUGACCAGAAAAUUCAGGUGACUCCCCCAGGUUUCCAGCUUUUUUACCUACCCUAUGCUGAUGACAAACGGAAGGUGCCCAUUACUGAAAAAGUCAAGGCAAACCCAGAGCAAGUAGACAAGAUGAAGGCUAUUAUUCAGAAACUCCGCUUCAAGUACAGAAGUGACGACUUUGAGAACCCAGCGCUACAGCAGCAUUUCAGGAACCUGGAGGCCUUAGCUUUGGAUUUGAUGGAGCCCGAACAAGUCGUAGAUCUGACAUUGCCCAAGGUUGAAGAAAUGGAUAAAAGACUGGGCUCUCUGGUAGAUGAGUUUAAGGAACUCGUCUACCCACCAGAUUACACUCCUGACAGGAAUGUUACCAAGAGAAAACAAGAUGAUGAGGGUUCUGGAAGUAAAAGGCCCAAGGUGGAGUUUUCUGAAGAGGAGCUGAAGGCCCACGUCAGCAAGGGCACGCUAGGCAAGCUCACUGUGCCUGUGUUGAAGGAGGCCUGCAGGGUGUACGGGCUGAAGAGUGGGAUGAAGAAGCAGGAGCUGAUGGAUGCACUCACCCAGCAUUUCCAGGAGGCGUGAUCAGAAGUCGUACGGUCAGCCACCCUUCCACUGUAGCCAGGCUGCCUGGUGUUGUUCUCAUUGAGUUAAAAAAUAUUUCUCCUGCGAAGAGUUGAUGCAUAUGAGAGUUUCUGUUGCCAUGAGACCAGGUUGCCCUCCCGCUUCGCUGUGCCUUACUCUGCUGUCCAAAUAAAGAGCCUCGACUUGGUUCUGCA